AAAACAAGAUUCAUCACACAACAUAAAACCUUUGUUUUUCCUAGGAAUUCAACUUUUUCAGAGAUUUAUUUUUCUGCAGCAGAUAAUUUUUGGUUCAUCAACUCUUAUCUGAUCUGCAUCUCGUCUUACAGGCCACUUAGAUUGACAUAAGGAAAUGACUGGAAGAGGAGAUGGGCGGCACAAUGGCGGAAAUCGCCCACAAUUCCGCCUGCAUUUCAUUCGAGGAGGUGAUCAGCUACCAGAUAAUCCACUUUAUCUUGGGUUCAAUGCCUGGAUGGAUUUUCUUUUCUAUAAUCGACUUCGGGAGGCUGGCUUCGUUGUUGUAAUAGAUCGGAUGGCUGGACCUGGGCAGCAGCAAAAUCACGCAAACAACAAUGGAGACCAAGGCAACAAUGAAAACAAUGACAACCAAGGCAACAAUGAAAACAAUGACAACCAAGGCAACAAUGAAAACAAUGACAAUCAAGGCAACAACCAAAACGAUGAAAACCAAGGCAACCACCAAAAUGAUGAAAACCAAGGCAACCAUCAAAACGGUGAAAACCAUGGCAAUGCAGAAAACAACAAUGUCGAUGAAGACCAUGACACUGACAGUGGUCACGAUGAAAAUGCUGAAAACUAUAACAUCAAUGGCAAUGUUGGCAACUUUGAUCAUACUUACAAUGUUGAUGAUGGUGCUAGUGUUAGUGCUAGAUUUGGGGCUGAGGUUGGGUUUGCGGUUUGGUUUGGAUUUGGUCCUGGGUUUGGAGGGGGUGUCAACCAGAGUUUAGAACAAGAAGAAGAUGGGGAUCUUCUUGGUGGUGUAACCAGGAAGAGGUCAAGAGAAGAGGUCAGACAGAACCUUGAGGAGAGGGACAGCAAACAAUACAGGUGGGGGGACGAGUUUGCAGACAGUAGCAGUGACAGUGACAGUGACAGUACUCACCACGAUAAUACUGACCAGAAUAUAAAGAAAAGUCCAGUCAAACAUAAAUGUGCCAGUGCAGAGGUUUUUGAAGAAGAGCCGCAGCCUGGUCCAUCCUGGAAACAAUCAAGGGAGAGUGUUCAAGAACAAGAUGUGAGCAGCAAAAAGUCAAGAUGGCGUUCAGAGUCAGUCAGCAACUCUGAAAGUGUUGGGGCUGAAGCUGAGCAUGAUCUUGUUCACAGUCGAAGAAAUAUUAAUUUGCCUGAAGAAAUAAGUGCAGUGCCAAGGACGGACAGGGACUCACACCAGAGGGUGGAGGAGGAAGAGCCACAGCCUCCAAGGAAAAGACUGAGGAAGAGGUCAAGGAAAGGUGAUGAGGAAGAAGAAAGUGAAUAGGUGUGACAGCAGACAACCUAAGAGAAAAGCAAGAAGACUAACAACAAAUAGAUUGUGACUAAAUACUAAAGUGAGACUCUUUCAGAUGAUUGGCCUCACAUUUACUCUUAUAAUAUUGUAAUAAAGUUUAACUAUAUUAAUAA